AUGGGGAAGUUCAUGAAGAACAAGGGUCUAGAAUAUGUGGGAGGAGAGAUACAUGUUAUUAGGGGAAUGGAUCCCGACAUGUGGUCAUACUUUGAAGCGGUGGGAUUUGUUAGAGAAUUCAAGUACUGUGGAGAGUUCAAACUUUGGUGGAAGGGUUCGAAACAAAAGGCAAUGAACAACCUUAGACCACUGACAGAUGACAGAGAAGCCAUUUUGUUGGCUAACUAUGUAGAGGCAAAUAAGGAGGAAGUUGAAAUCUAUGUUCAACAUGGCCAACCCAGUCAGGCAGAGGAAAUAGCUUUUCUUACAUUUGGUCAGGAGGCAGAGGAAGUAAGAGUACAGGAGAUGGAGGAAGAGGUUGUUAUGGAUGAAGAAGAUAUUGGUGGGGUGGAGGCAAAUGUUGAAGUACAAGACUUGGUAGUAGAUGACGAAGAGGAAGAGGGGAAUGUUGGGGGAGAAAUGGUGGAAGACCAAGAGGAAGAGGGGAAUGUUGAGGGAGAAAUGGUGGAAGACCAAGAGGAAGAGGGGAAUGUUGAGGGACAAAUGGUGGAAGAGCAAGAGGAAGAGCAAGAUGAAGAGCAAGAUGAAGAUGAAGAGGAGAGAAUGGCAAAUGGUGAUGAUGGGUUUGGGAUGGACAAUGUCACGGUAGAGGAAGAGAGAGAAAAAAUUAAUCCAGUUUUGGAUAGGUGGAAGAGAAUGAAAAAGAAAAAUAAAAGUGUUAGGAGCAGAUUUGAAGAUAGUGAGGGGGCAUUUGUCAUUAACGAAGAGGUUGGACAGCAUGAGAUAAAUGAAGUUUAUGAUACAGAAGAGUUGUCCUCAAAUGUAGAUAGUGAUGAGGAUGUGAGGGAGAAUAAAAGGCACUUUCCAAAGUAUAAAGCAGAAGAUAUGACUAGGGGAUUCAAUUUUAGAUUGGGAAUGGAGUUUAAGUGUUUGAAGGAUUUUAAGAGUGACUUACAGGAGCAUAGCGUUUUGAAUGGAAAAGAAGUGAAGUUUGUCAAGAAUGAUUUGAAGAGGGUAAGGGCAGUUUGUAAGAACGGGUGUGGUUUUCUUAUUAUGGCUAGAAAGGUAGGAAGUAGCCAAACCUUUAGAGUAAAAACUCUAGUUAGGCACAAGUGUGGAAGGGGUUUUGGUAGCAAAAGUGCAAGUGUAGAAUGGAUUGCUCAGGUUUUGGUUGCCAGAUUUGUCAAUGUUGCAGCAUGA